UGAAUGAUGACCGCCAUGAUGUGGAUGAUGAUGAUGAUGAUGAUGGAAAUAUCCGUGGUGCCACGGGAAGUGUCCAUGAUGGUGAUGAUGAUGAUGCCAUGGCUCAUCCCAGUCAUCGUCCCACCAGCCAGACGCUGUCACCGACACUGCCAACACAGCUAACAGUAAUGUUGAAGCAAAUCGUACUGAUAUCAUAUCUGCAACACGUUUUAUGA